AUGAGGUUGGCAUUAUUAAAACCAAGGGUGCUUAUUCAGCUAACCAAAAGAGGGUAAGCUAUUUUAGAUAUUUGUUGAUCUAUUUUAGUGUUCUUUAAAGGCUACGCUUAAAGAUUUAUAUUUUAUUGUGUUUUUCUGCUGAAGUGUGUUGUCAUAAUUUUAAUUUGGCUAUUUUACUGUGUUUCCUUAUGACUUUAUAUGUUGUUUUAGCUUCAAAGAACCUGUUGCAUCGAAAGACGUGGAUUUCGACAAAAAAUACACUUUUUGGGAAAGGAUACGCCUGUUUGCUGAGCACCAGAUUGCAUCUGUAAGUUUUCUAUAUUCUCUUUUUAAAUUUAGGCAUUCUUUUUUAACCAAAGGCGAAUUUUAUGAUCUUAUUAUGUUACACUAGCCAUGAAGGUCUGACUUUUCAAUUUUAGCCGAGUGAAACGUCAUUUUCGGACUAUGGAAUACGUAAGGCUCACAAACAUGAUGGUCUCGAUCCUAAUAAAUGGCAUUUUAUCUACCAUGACCUCACGAUUUCCAGAUUUCAUUCUAUUUUCACGUUUCUUACACUGUUUGGGAUGAUUGGCAUUGUCAAAGCUGUGUACGAUCUCAAGAACUAUGGAGAAGUACAGAGUAAAAGUUUUAAGAAGAUGAAGAAGGAUUUAAAAGAGGUUAGUUUUGUUAUUUUUUUGUUUUAUGACGAAUUUGAGGCUAGUAUUACAUUAUAGUCGUGUUUUUUAGUUCAAAAGCUACCUAAAACAUAAUAUUUUAGGCGUGGAUCUUCAAGUACAUCUUUUUUGUGAGCUUAGCAAUCUCCGUACUGAGUGUGUUCCGCGUCUUUUCCGUACGACCAUGCCGAAUCUACCAAAGCCUUCAAGAGCCCAACAAAUUCAUGAUGACCUACAUCAGGUUCGGCCUCUACAAAACGCGGAUGCCAAUCGACCGGUCGAACAUUAAACUAGCCGAUAAUUUCGGUGCCAAGCGAGACCAAAUUGCCACGACUUGGGACCAGUUCAAGGUGUUCUUGGUGGGUAAUAUCUGGGUUAAUGGGAAACGAAUGGUAAUGGAGACCAGUUUGUUCAGAGGAAACCAGUACUGUUCCUGUUUCUUGUACAAGACAGACAGUUUGCCGGCUGAGGUUGUUAAUCGUUAUAAACCAGAGUCGACCGGAGGGGCUCAGGCUCCUCGGGCAAAGAUUAGGCCGUUUUAG